AGGCACGUGGACCCAGGCCUCACCGUGGGAAGGGGGUGGUGACAGGCGCAGGAGAAAGAGAUCGCUCCAAACAAGUUCUCUUCGCCUCACUUCUCUUCCACAAGCCAGUCUUCUAGUCCCCUAGUCCCCAAACUCCCAGUACCUUGUGCUCCUUCCGAGGAUACCAUGUUGCUUUUCACCCUCCUGCUAGAGGUGAUUUGGAUCCUGCCUGCAAACGGGGGUCAACACUGGACAUACGAGGGCCCACAUGGUCAAGACCAUUGGCCAGCCUCUUACCCUGAGUGUGGAAGCAAUGCCCAGUCUCCCAUCAAUAUCCAGACAGACAGUGUGACUUUUGACCCUGAGUUGCUCGUUCUGCAGCCCCAUGGAUAUGAACAGCCUGGCACCGAGCCUUUGGACCUGCACAAUAAUGGCCACACAGUGCAACUCUCUCUACCCCCCACUCUGUAUCUGGAGGGACUUCCCAGAAAAUAUGUAGCUGCCCAGCUCCACCUGCACUGGGGUCAGCGAGGAUCCCCGCGGGGCUCAGAGCACCAGAUCAAUGGUGAAGCCACAGCUGCAGAGCUCCACAUUGUACAUUAUGAUUCCGAUUCCUACAAUAGCUUGAGCGAGGCUGCUCAGAGGCCUCAGGGCCUGGCUGUCUUGGGCAUCCUGAUUGAGGUGGGUGAGACCAAGAAUCCAGCUUAUGAACACAUUCUGAGUCACUUGCAUGAAAUCAGGCAUAAAGAUCAGAAGACCUCAGUGCCGCCCUUCAACGUGAGAGAGCUGCUCCCCCCUCUGCUGGCGCAGUUCUUCCGGUACAAUGGCUCGCUCACCACACCCCCCUGCUACCAGAGUGUGCUCUGGACGGUCUUCAAUCGAAAAGCCCAGAUCUCGAUAGGACAGCUGGAGAAGCUCCAGGAGACUUUGUUCUCCACAGAAGAAGAGCCUUCUAAGCUCCUGGUGCGGAACUACCGAGCCCCCCAGCCUCUCAAUCAGCGAGCAGUCUUUGCUUCUUUCAUCCAAGUGGGAUCCUUGUAUACCACAGGUGAAAUGCUGAGUCUAGGAGUGGGAAUCUUGGUUGGCUGUCUCUGCCUUCUGCUGGCCCUUUAUUUCAUCGUUAGAAAGAUUCGGAAGAAGAGACUGGGAAACCGGAAAAGUGUGGUCUUCACCUCAGCACGAGCCACCGAGGCAUAGACUCCAUCUCGGACACCAUAGAUGCCUUCCCCUCGCCUAUUAGGGAGCUUGUAAAGUGGUGUGUUGGGACUGGCCAGAAAAUCCUGUAGGAAUAGGCCAACACCCCUCCUUCCUCCAGGCAGCCCCUACACAGAGGUGUGGACAGGCUCUUGUUCAAGGAAGAACAACAGAGCCAUGAGCCUCUCAAAACAUACAGGAGAUCAGGAGACCCCCAUGUUGACAAUGCAGCAGGCAAACUGUGCUUAGGGGAUGUUGGGGAUGUGUCCCAAAGUCCCCCACCUCCUCAUCUUUAUAUUGCUGUCCCUAGAUAGAGUGCAGGACCUCCCCUGAGGAAAAAGAGUUGCUGUUGUUGGGGGGUUUUUUUUGCUCAAUAUAUUUGGAAAUUAAAGUUUCUGACCCCA